AACAACUUAUUCAAAAACAACUCGUUCAUGCGGAUUACCUAUUCUGCCAACCAAAGCACACAAGCUAAUCAAAUAACCAAACAACCCUCUUUUCCAAUCGAAACAGAAACGUUCAAUCCUUUCCGUUGUUGGGUGAACAUUGAAAAUAAAGAUCAACCGUUCUCAGCAAACGAAAGAUAGCGAUAGGUAGCGAGAUAUGGCAGAAAGUUGGAAAACGUUUUGGUGCAACAGAUUUGCGUUUCUUGAAAACUAUACUAGAUUCACUAAACGGGAUAAACCUUUACCUUCUUGGUCUGAUGACGAUAUCAAUUCCUUCAUCGCCAUUGAUCCUGUUCAUGGUCCCACUCUGAGAACUGCUAGGGAAGCAGCGAAGUAUGGCCUAGUUGGAAGUGCUGUUGGAGCAGUUUCAACUGCAGGCUUUUGCUGGAAAUACUCGAAGAGUCUCCAUGGUGCUGUUCUUGCUCUUGGGGCCGGAGCUGUUUUCGGAUGGACAUUCGGGCAUGAAGUCGGAAACCAUGCUCUGCAACUCUAUAAAUUGGACACUUUGGCUGCACAAGCGAAGUUCAUGGAAUGGUGGGAAAAGAAAGCGGAGCGAAGUUCAUAGAAUCGAAACUUUUUUAGAUUGCAAUGCUACCUAUUCUCUGUUUUACAAUAAACUGAUGGGCAUCCAAUUGAUUGUAAGUGGGGUUUUCUCUUGUUGGUUGCAUGAUCUAAUGAAUUUUUCCCUUUUCUUUGCCCCUUUUUAGACCUCUUCAAGUUAAAUGAGUAUGAAAUUGCUCUACUUUGUCAAAUUUGGUUUAUGAUAUUUGGUGAUUUUUGAUGUGAUA